AAGUAUGGGAUUUAAAAAUAUUAUACAAAAUAUAUGUAAAAAACAUUGUAAUUUAUCAGUAUUACUAUACCGAAAUAACUUGCCAAAAUUUAAACAGAAUCUAAGGUAUUUUUGUAAUACAACAAACUCACCAAAAGAAGGUGUUUGUAAUGUGGGUACAAUAGGACAUGUAGACCAUGGCAAAACAACAUUGACAUCUGCAAUAACAAAAUAUUUAUCAGAAGUAAAUAAAAACUGUAAAUAUGUAACAUUCGAUGAAAUUGAUAAAGCACCUGAAGAGAAGCAACGUGGUAUAACAAUAAAUAUUGCUCAUGUUGGAUAUGCCACUAGUAAAAGGCAAUAUGCGCAUACAGAUUGUCCAGGACAUGCUGAUUUCAUAAAAAAUAUGAUUAGUGGAGCAUCGCAAAUGGAUGGUGCAAUUGUGGUAGUCGCAGCUGACGAUGGUCCUAUGCCUCAAACAAAAGAGCAUUUAUUGCUUGUUCAUCAACUGGGAAUUAAACACAUUGUUGUAUAUAUUAACAAGGCUGACAUAGCAGACAAGGAUAUUAUAGAAUUAGUGGAAAUAGAAAUGAGAGAAUUAUUAGAUGGAUAUGGUUUUGAUAGUUCAAAAACUCCAAUAAUUAAUGGUUCUGCUCUACUUGCAUUAAAUGGAGACACUUCAGAAUAUGGAUUACCUUCUAUAAAAUCAUUAUUAGAUGCUUUAGAUAAUUAUGUAGCAACUCCAGAAAGAGAUUAUACCUCUCCUUUUAUAUUACCUAUUGAUAAUGUUUUUAGUAUACCAGGUAGAGGUACAGUAACAGUAGGAACAAUAAAACAAGGUGUUAUAAAAAAAGGCAUAGAAGCAAAUCUAUUGGGAUUUGAUGAGAAGAUGAAUACUAUUAUUUCAGACAUUCAGAUUUUUAGAAAAAGUGUGACAACAGCAUCUGCUGGUGAAAAUGUAGGUGUUCUGUUAAGAAGUAUUAAAUUAAAUUCUGUGCGUAGAGGAAUGAUAUUGUGUCAAAGAAAUUUUUUGAAAUUAACUAACCAUUAUGAAGCUCAAUUAUAUUUAUUGAGUCCUCAAGAAGGCGGCCGUGAAAGACCAUUAAAGAAAUCAGGAUUUAGUACAAAAGUUUAUAGCUCAACAUGGAAUGUUUACUGUCGUUUUGAUUUUCUUUUGCCACCAGAAAAUAAAAUGUUAAUGCCAGGAGAAUUUGCAACAUGUAGAUUAACAUUUACAUAUAAUAUGCCAAUGAUAGAAGGUCAAGUUUUCACCGUUCGUGAAGAAACACGUACAAUUGGCACAGGAAAGAUUACUAGAAUUUUGAAUGAAAUUCCACUUCCCCAAAAAAUAUUUAGGAACGUAGUGAUUAAGGAUUUUGUAAAUUAAACUUUGCAAUAAUUACAUUAUUGCACGAUUUAAAAGGAAAAUAAAUGAUGCAGAUUUGAAAAAGUU